AUGUCCGUCAGACCUGCCACCCACGCUGGAUCGUGGUACAGUGGCGACGGAACACGACUCAGGAGCCAGAUCGCCAAGUACUUCGCCGCUGCAGCAACCGUGACCUCCCUACUCGCAGAAACCUUCGCUGCGUGGGAUACUCUGAAGGUCCGCAGGGUCUUCGUGCUCGGACCAUCACACCACGUCUACUUCCGCCAAAGAGCGCUAGUGCUGGCGUACGCCGCUUACGAUACCCCUAUGGGCCAAUUGCCCGUUGAUACCGAGGUUUGCGCCAAGUUGUGUGCUGGUCUGCUGGCGCCGUUUGGGUACAUGCUGGAGGCCGUGGACGAUGAUGAGCACUCGUUUGAGAUGCAUGCACCCUUCAUAGCCCAGAGGGCCCAAGAGGCCGGUGUAGAGGUGAAGAUCGUGCCCAUUAUGAUUAGCGGACUUUCGCCAGAGUUGCGAGAAAAGGUCGUGGCGGCAUUGGCGCCCUACAUGGAGCAGGAGGAGAACACCUUCGUCGUGCUGUCUGACUUUUGCCACUGGGGACGCCGCUUUGGGUACACUGAAUACGUUCCAGGGCAGGAUCUAGCCCAAUGCGCUGAGUAUCUGGCACGUCGUCGUGGAUCGAACGAGAUCUGGCAAAGUAUUGAAUUUUUGGACCGCCUGGCCAUGGAGAUUGCCCUGGGCGGAAAGACCAAGUUAUGGGAUGAGUACAUCGAGGAAACAGGAAACACCAUCUGUGGUCAGAAGCCGUUGGGUAUUGUCUUGCGGUUGUUAGAGAGAGGUGGCUCCGGCGGUGGAGGCUUCAAGUGGUUGGGCUACUCACAGAGUUCGCAGGUUACAGAUCCACAUGACUCUUCGGUGCUGUACGUAUCAGGGUAUGCUGUCGUUGGGUAG